UCUGACCUCGGAUUCAGGUUUUACAUCAUUUCGUUGUUGGUUCUGUGUCUUUGCUGGGGUUUUUGGUUCUGGAAUACGGAGGGGGGGAAGGAUGUUUUCUCAGUAAUAGGUCACAUUGACAUUGGACAGAAAAGAUAUCUUCGUUUUUAGGAAUUUUCAGCCUGGUUUCCGGUUCUUAAUCUGGAUUUGGUGAAAAGGAGGAAACUCGGCCGUCGUGGUGUGGAAAAGAUAGGAUCUUUGUUUUCGUUGAUCCGAGGGGCAAAGAUCGCAUUAGAAGCAGCACAAAUUUGAUGGGGGAAGAGGCACCUGAGUAUGUUCUGAACAGCUUGGAGCUUGCAGCUUGCGAUUCUGAAUCCACAGGCUGCCGGACGGCUACCAUUGUUGGUAAUAAGAUGUAUGUAGUUGAAGGAUCCGAGGAUGGAAGCAAGUCAUGGAUCAACGUCAAAAUUUUUGACAAGCUAACAAGAUCAUGGGUGUUUCCUACUGUAUUGGGUAUCAAACCUGUCCAACUGAAAGGCCACUCAACUCUUCUUUUGAAGAAUGGACAGCUAUUGAUUGUCAAGAUGGAUUCUACGUUGGACGGUUGCAUCUGGUUUCUUGAGGUGGAUAGCCCUUUUGUUAAAGAGCAAAAGAAGAUAUUUGGAACUGAGGUAGUUGCCUGGAGUAAGGGUGUCAUUGGCAAUGCCCCAAAACCAAUUGUGAUCAGUGGUCCUUCUGGAGUCGGUAAAGGUACUUUGAUAAACAAACUUAUGAAGGAAUUUCCAUCGAGAUAUGGGUUUUCUGUAAGUCACACAACUCGAGCACCAAGAGAGAAGGAAUUGGAUGGAGUUCAUUACCACUUCACAGAGCGAAGUAUUAUGGAGAAAGAUAUAAGAGAUGGCAAGUUUCUUGAAUUCGCAUCAGUUCAUGGAAAUCUUUAUGGGACAAGCAUUGAAGCAGUUGAAGUUGUUACAGACUCUGGAAAGAGAUGCAUCCUUGACAUUGAUGUUCAAGGAGCUAGAUCCGUGAGGGCAAGUUCUCUUGAUGCAAUAUUUAUCUUCAUUACUCCUCCAUCAUUUGAGGAACUUGAGAAGCGGCUGCGUGCACGUGGAACAGAAACUGAGGAACAGGUCCAGAAGAGACUAAGAAAUGCCAGAGCAGAGCUUGAUGAAGCAAAAUCACCUGGUCUUUUCAAUCAUAUUUUGGUAAAUGAUGACCUAGAAUCAUGUUAUGGGAAUCUUAAGAAAUUACUUGCUUCAGAUGAAACUGCUGAUCCUUUAUAUCAGUCAUCUGUGAAGAUCUUGAAAGCCCAUGUGUCCGGAAUGGAAUCAAAAGCAGAUCAUAGAACUCUUAUACAUUGUAGCGCUAGCGGCACCAAUGCAGCAACAAAUAGUUUGCUUAUGCUUGACACGUCAUCACUUAAAGGAGGGGCUCCUGGCCGAACAAGAGGACUCGGUGUAUAUGCACUUGGAUCCCUAGGUGAUGGUCUUAACGGGAUCUGACAACUUUGACAUUUUAUGAGUUAGGAAAGCAGAAGAAGGUAGGUGCUCCUAUGCUCUGUAAGGGUGAAGAACUUUAGCCGGGCAUUGUUUGCGGAAUUGGGAUUCUAUGGACCAGCUUUAUGUCCUCAUUCAUCAGAGAUAAUUUGAAUAUGUCUAUUUGUUCAAUAUUGUUUGAAGGUGACUUUAGUUUGUUUAAGAUGAGAGUGAAAGAUUUAUGUUAAUCAAGAUGUUUCUGAAUCAUUGUUUA